AGGGAGGGAAGGAGGGAAGGAAGGAAGCUGAGAAGGAGCGAGCGAGCGGGGGCGCGAGGCGUUUACCUGGAGGCAGCGGCUUGGGAGCGCAGAGCGGCCGCGGCUCCCCCGCACCUGCGGCCAUGGAUGAGGAGCGCGCCCUCUACAUCGUCCGGGCCGGCGAAGCGGGGGCUAUCGAGCGGGUCCUAAGGGAUUACAGCGACAAGCAUAGGGCUACUUUCAAAUUUGAAUCAACAGAUGAAGAUAAGAGAAAGAAACUCUGUGAAGGCAUAUUUAAAGUCCUUGUAAAGGACGUCCCAACAACAUGUCAAGUGUCCUGCCUGGAAGUACUCCGCAUUCUCUCCAGAGACAAAAAGAUUUUAGUUCCUGUAACAACCAAGGAAAACAUGCAGAUAUUGCUGAGACUAGCCAAGCUAACUGAGUCGGAUGAUUCUUUGGAGAAGGUGUCAGAGUUCCCAGUUAUUGUGGAAUCAUUAAAGUGUCUAUGUAACAUAGUGUUCAACAGUCAGAUGGCACAGCAGCUCAGCCUGGAACUUAAUCUUGCUGCAAAGCUCUGUAACCUCCUGAGAAAGUGCAAGGACCGAAAAUUUAUCAAUGACAUUAAGUGCUUUGACUUGCGCUUGCUCUUUCUCCUGUCACUUUUGCACACUGACAUCAGGUCACAAUUGCGCUAUGAGCUCCAGGGACUACCGCUGCUAACCCAGAUCUUGGAAAGUGCCUUUAGCAUCAAGUGGACCGAUGAGUAUGAGUCGGCCAUAGAUCAUAAUGGACCUCCUCUCUCACCUCAGGAGACAGACUGUGCCAUUGAGGCCCUCAAAGCUCUCUUCAAUGUGACAGUAGACAGUUGGAAGGUGCAUAAAGAGAGUGACUCUCAUCAGUUCCGUGUCAUGGCAGCUGUCCUUCGCCACUGUUUACUAAUCGUAGGUCCAACUGAAGACAAAACAGAAGAGUUGCACAGCAAUGCAGUCAACCUUUUAAGCAAUGUUCCGGUCUCUUGUUUGGAUGUUCUCAUUUGUCCAUUAACCCAUGAAGAAACAGCCCAAGAGGCAACAACUUUAGAUGAACUGCCCAGUGAUAAAACAGCUGAGAAAGAAACAGUUUUGAAAAACAAUACCAUGGAAUACAAUGGUAUGAAUAUGGAAGCCAUUCAUGUUUUACUCAAUUUUAUGGAGAAGAGAAUAGACAAGGGAAGCAGCUAUAGAGAGGGUCUAACUCCAGUUCUCAGCUUAUUAACAGAAUGUUCCCGAGCCCAUCGAAACAUCAGAAAAUUUCUCAAAGAUCAGGUUUUACCACCAUUGAGGGAUGUGACAAAUCGACCUGAAGUUGGCUCAACUGUGAGAAAUAAGCUGGUGCGCCUCAUGACACAUGUUGACCUUGGAGUCAAGCAAAUUGCUGCUGAAUUCCUUUUUGUCCUUUGCAAAGAGAGAGUGGAUAGCCUGCUGAAAUAUACUGGCUAUGGGAAUGCUGCAGGACUGUUGGCGGCCAGGGGCCUCUUGGCUGGAGGAAGAGGAGAUAAUUGGUACUCAGAGGACGAGGAUACAGACACUGAAGAAUACAAAAAUGCAAAACCAAACAUUAAUCUUAUCACUGGUCAUUUAGAGGAACCAAUGCCAAACCCCAUAGAUGAAAUGACAGAAGAACAAAAAGAAUAUGAAGCCAUGAAACUUGUCAACAUGCUUGAUAAACUUUCCAGAGAGGAGUUGCUUAAACCAAUGGGACUAAAACCUGAUGGGACAAUAACGCCUUUGGAGGAAGCACUCAACCAGUACUCUGUCCUGGAAGAGACCAGCUCCGACACAGACUGAAAGCAUCACCUGCUCAGCUCCCAGUAUUGCUUUUAUCAGCAUCUUUUCUCUGUAGCUCCAGGGGAAUCUUUUCUCUAAAACAUUUAUGCCCUUGCUUUGGCUAGAAACACAUUAACUGGUUUACUCAUUGAGAAUCCAGCGUAUUUAAGAGGUGAUCCUGUGUUUUUUGCGAUAUCGAGGCAUUCAUACAGAGCUGCAGUGAGGCAGAGUCACAGGGACUAGAAGCAGAAAAACAGUAAUUCCAUUUCAUCAGAUGGAACGAAGAACUUCAUUCUGUAAAGCAGCCCUGGCCGAAUCUGGCCAUUCUGUUUGCCAAGAUUCUUGACUGAAGAUUUAGCCAGGUCCUUCCUCUCACUUGGGUGAGCAGCCCCUUCUGAGUCUCUCGAGCAGCCAGAGGCACAUGAGAGCAGAAUGAGCUAGUAAAUAAGGACUGAGGCAAGUGACUCCUUAGGUCAGUACUGACUAAAUGGAAGCCAAGCAGCUGCUCUGUAAACCUAGCCCCACUCUUCAAUUUUAUAUACAUAUAGAAGCACACACACAAACACACACACACAGGCCCCAGACUUACAAAACUGACUACACUAGAAGUUUGUAGGUCUUAGCUAAAAUUUCAGAAGACAUUUCUCCCUGUCAGGAGUUAUGAAUGAUGGUUUAGUUUCCAGGCAGCUACAGAUGCCUAUUUAUUCCCUAAUAUACUGAACACUAGUACUGCAGAACUGAACCAGGGUAUGUACUGAGGUGGGGGAAGCGUGCAUUCUGAGGUCUGACUUGGGGUGCCAGUCACAUACACACCCUCCAUCCCAGUGAGAGAGUGAGGACUCCCUGAGUAAUGGGAACUAUUUUGUGGCCUCUUCUAGUAGGACAGUCAAAGGCACCCAUUUGUACAUAAAGGUCAUUCCUACAUCAUGUUUUAAAUUGGGGUCAGUGUAUAUGCUUGUGUGUGUGUGUUCUAUCUUUCUACCAUAUGUGAUCGGCUUAAUGGUAACUUUAUUUAUUUAAAAAAAAAAAAAGGAAAGAAACACAAAUAGUUACCAUUAAACUGAUUAAGGCUGUUUAUUUUUACUGUUAGAAUUGGUCAUAUGAAGAUGUAGAGGCGCCGUCAUGCCGUAGACAGUGGGCCUAGCUAAUCAGUGGCUAAAGUUGGAAAGGGGUUGGUUUCCUUUGAUAUGUAUGUAUGUAUGUAUGUGUGUGGAUGCACAUGCAUAUAUACAUAUGUAUACACACACAUAGAUAAUGUGCUUAACCACUGCCUUUUAAAACUUUAAAUUAAAUAAAACAUUGGGGUUGAUUGAAUUUA